AGUUUGGUGGGGCGGGGGAACGGUUUUGUGACGCGACCUACUGUCUCCCUACGCCCCUUUUACUCCGGGCGCCAUUCACAAGUCGCCCGCGAGGCUGUUAGAAGUCGGGCGUGAGGAGAAGGAGGGGGAAUCUGCAAUCGAACGGCGCGGCAACGUUCCAUUGGCGGCUCGAGGUUGCCGGGGUUGUACGUCGUCGCGAGCGUUGCCGCGUCCGUUUGUAAACAGAUGCUGACACGUGAUGUGAGGAGUCCGCAUUGUCUCGGAGAUCUUUCUGGAGAAGCGGCAGGAGGAGGAGGAUAGGAAGAGUCGGGGAGAAGAAUUAAAGAGUUCGUGUCGACCCCGAGCAGCAGGGGGACGAGAUCUAAGGCUACUUUCAGCAACAGUUAUUAGCAACGGGCGACUACCCGCCGGUCUGGAUGGUGGGACAGUUGCGGCUGAGGGGGCAGGCGGCAGUGGAGGAGGAGGAGGUGCAGGAGGAAUGGUGUGAGCCAAGAUGGCUGGUCCAGCUCUGAACUUGUAACGGAUGGUGUGGCCGCAAUUGUCUCCUGGCGUGGGGAGAUAUUCUCCUUAUUUUCCAUCGUCCCUUAUCUUGGGUGGGUAGAGAGCGUAGACGAUGUCAUUCGCCGUGGAAGACAACUUGGAGUCGGACUGGGUGGCUGUGAGACCCCACGCCUUCGACGAGAAGGAAAAACACAAGUUUGUUUUCAUCGUGGCGUGGAACGAAGUGGAAGGGAAGUUUGCCAUAACCUGCCACAACAGGACGGUCCAGAGGAAGAGGAUUGGAGCGAGGGACCAGCGAUUAAGGCGGGAGGGAGAGGAAGAUGAGGAGGGGGCCCAGGGACCCCAGGCCGGGAGCUCAGUUCGAGGGCAUGCUGGGGUCAAGAGUCCGGCCCGGAGUGGAACGGCUAGUUUCAGAAGUCCAGCCCGAAGACGCACCAGCAUCAAGAGCCCAGCAGCAAGGGAAAUCGGAGUAAGGAGUCCACCUCAAGAAGAACCGGGGCUCUCUGCGGUUCCUUUGGGCGAUACAAGAUCGAUGGUUUGCCAUGUAAGUGAGGCAGAUAUUUCAGGCCCGGAUCAAGAUACUGUUCAUCUCCAAGAUUCUGCCAAGGCAGCCGAUGGGGAUCAGGACCAGGAGAAGGAUAUUGUGAUACCCGAUGAUUGUAGCUGGGCUGGACUGUUCUCCUUCCAGGAUUUGAGAUCCAUUCAUCAGCAACUUUGCGCCGUGAAUUCGGAGUUAGAACCUUGUUUGCCAGUAUUUCCUGAAGAACCGUCGGGGAUGUGGUCAGUGCUCUUUGGUGCAUCUGAAGUGAUUGAUGGAGAGAUGGACUCGCUGUGCUUACAACUUCAAGUUUACCUUGGCCAUGCUCUGGAUGUCUGUGGAUGGAAAAUUCUUUCUCAUCUCCUGUUCACUGAAAACGAUAACCCGGAUGAAUAUUAUGAGAGCUUGAGUGAGCUGAGGCAGAAAGGCUAUGAAGAGGUAUUGCAGAGAGCCAAAAAGCGAUUGCAGGAGCUUUUGGAGAAACACAAGACCACGGAGAUUAUGGUAGAAUUGCUGGAACUUUACCAGGAGGAAGAUGAUUCUUAUGCUGCUUUAUCUGAAGCAACUACAGAACUCUACCAAUAUCUACUCCAACCGUUUCGAGAUAUGAGAGAAUUGGCUAUGCUGCGACGCCAGCAGAUAAAGAUCUCAAUGGAGAAUGAUUACCUUGGCCCACGUAGAAUUGAGAGUCUGAAGAAAGAAGAUGCUGAUUGGCAAAGGAAAGCCCACAGGGCUGUAUUAUCCAUACAGGAUUUGACAGUAAAGUACUUUGAGAUCACAGCUAAAGCACAGAAAGCUGUGUAUGAUCGGAUGCGUGCUGACCAGAAGAAAUGUGGAAAGGCAGCCUGGUCCGUGGCUGUUGAGAGAAUGGAAAAGCUUCGGUACGCAGUUGCAAAGGAAACACUACAACUGAUGAGAGCAAAAGAGAUCUGUCUGGAACAGAAAAAACGGACACUCCGAGAUGAAAUGCAGAGUCUGCAGAGUGGCACAGAUGCUAUUGCACGGCUGGACCGGCUGGAGGCAGACUAUUACGACAUGCAACUUCAGUUAUAUGAGGUGCAGUUUGAGAUCCUGAAAUGUGAGGAACUACUGUUAACAGCACAACUUGAAAGCAUUAAGAGGCUCAUUGCAGAAAAACGAGAGGAAGUUGUUUACUAUGACACUUACGAAAGCAUGGAAGCAAUGCAAGCAACUGAGGAUAUGGCUGCAUCAGUGAUCCCACAGAAAAUGGAACUGCUGAAGCUUCAGCAGAAGGUUCGGCAACUGGAGGCUCGGCGCAGUCGCAUUUCAGCCAAGAAGGCCUACCUCAGAAACAAGAAGGAAAUCUGUAUUGAAAGCCACAAAGACAAGCUGAAACAACACAAACAAAAUGAAGAGGAGUACAGGAGCCAUCAUGCUAUAAAGCAAAUGCGUAAUCAACAACAAGAGGAAGAGAAAAAGAGUACAUGGGUUAGCCAGGAGCGACAGAAAACAUUGGACAGGCUCCGUAACUUUAAACAGAGGUACCCUGGGCAAGUUGUACUUAAAUCCACAAGACUCCGUUUCACAAAUGUCAGAAGAAAAGAUAAUGCAGGUUCAGUGGCCUAUCUUGGCAAAGACCAAACACACACUCUUCCAGGAAUAUUACAAGUACAACAAACAACUGGGGAAGAAGCUGCACCUGUAAAGGGAGCAAGGUCCACCGUAGCAACCGCAUUGAAAAGCAUCGUACAAGAGGAGGAAUGUGUUUCUUCCCACUCAGGAGAUGAUGCUACCCCUGAAUUGUUGCAACCUGUUUCACGUCCAAUCCCUUCCGUUGAAGAGAUCAGUAAUAUUAAUGUAGUUCUUCCACCACCCCCACCUCCUCUACCCCCUCCACCUCCACCCAUGCCAGUUUGUGAAGAAUUAGCCACUGCUCAGCAACAAAUAGAGAAACCUGUUCAGUCAGGUGACUGCAAAGAAAUAUCACAGCCUGUUAGUUCACCUAUACCUCAGUUAUUUGACAGCAAGCAGCUAUUAAAUGCCAGAAAAAAAUUGAAGAAAACAGCAUCAAGUGAUGAGCUGAAAAAGCAGAGAGUGAGUUCACCGAUGGAUGAAGUUCUAGCUUCUCUGAAGCGAGGCAGCUUCCACUUGAGAAAGGUUGAUCUGCGUUCUCUGCCUCCAUUUCCAAAUCAAGAUGACAGCAAUAAUAUACUUGCACAAAUUAGGAAGGGUGUAAAGUUGAAGAAGGUUCGGAAAGAGGCCCUGAGGGAGUCCUGUAUUGAUUUGCAUGAUGCUGAUCCUCUAACUCGCAGCAUCCACGAAGCUUUAAGGAGAAUUAAAGAGGCAUCACCGGAAUCUGAGGAUGAAGAGGAUGAAGGCUUACCUUACACUGACUGGGAGAAUUAACUCUUAUAGACCAAGGUUAAAAGGCCUGUAUGUUGUAAACAUAACCUUGUCCUUCCUUCCACUGUGCAAUUAAUUGUUCGUGGUCCUGUGGCAGAGCUGGUGGUCAGUGAGUGGUAGACAGGUAUUUCCCUUGAAGCCGUGCCUAAAAUGAAAUAUUUUAGUUUCUAAACUAAGUAUGUGUACUAAAUAAUGUUUAACAUUUCCAAAAGCCCUCUUCACAAGUUGAUGAAAGGUGACAUUACUCAAAAUAAUUUUUUUGUGAUUAUGGUAGACUAUCACAGUAAAUUUUAUUCAGAUCCCAAUUAAACAUAAUCAGCAUGAAGAUUUUACUGUUAGCAUCUGAUAUGUUCAUUGAGCAUGCUAAAGAAAAUAUAAUAUAAUUAAAACACCUCCAAUUUUCCUUCUGUACAAAUGAUGGAGAGUACAGUUUGACCUUAAAACAUGGCCUAACUGUAAAUUUAUCCUCAAAGGCACCAUCCACUAAAUGAACUUUUCUUCAAACUCUAAAAAACAUAUCUGUACACCCAGCAGCACUUUGGAAGAGUCCUGAUGCCUUAAUAAAUGGACACAAAGUAUACAUGCAAGUUAGUUUUAGCUGUUUGUUCUAUAAAUUGGAGUCUUUCAUCUUAUGCACUGCAAAGUUACAAGCUUUUUUGCUUUAGCAUAUUUUACUUCAUACCCUGAGGUUGACCUUUGCAAAAGUAUAUUUGUAUGAAUAGCUUACCGUUUGUCAUUAGUUAACUGUGAUUGGUACUUCAAAAUUGUAGAAAUUAAUAAAAUGGGCCAAUUUGGGUAGCCGUUAAAAUGAUCUACUGCGAAGUAAUAGUUUUUACAGAAAUUAAAAUUAUAUAACACUUGAUUUUAAAAGCUAUUUAUAUAGAAAAGUCAUGUAAAUUAAUUCAGAUACUAGGCAGAAUGACUUACAUUUGUUUAAAUUAUCUGUAUGUGCAUGAACAGAUUGCCUUAUGUAUGCAUGAAAGAUAUUUUUAAGGAGUCUCAGUUGAAGUUUUAUUCACAGUAGUGAGUCAAUUUAAUGUUCCCAAGCUUUGUAAAACCUAAGCUUGGUCUUCCCUAGCCACUACAUCUUGAUUUAUGGUUUUGUCUAUGACUUUCAAAAUUGGCCAUGUCCUUUGCUAUGGGCCUCAACCCUUCACCUAGAUUUCUAGGUUUAUACAACAAAAGCAUGGCUUUGAAACAUUCAGCCAUGUGGCUGGAGACAAAAGUGCACUAUGUGGAUAUUUUAAAUGCAGAGUUCUGGUAUACUGUGUGCUAAACUUUGUUACAGAGGAAGAAUGCACUUAAAUCGCACCUAGUAAAGCACUACUCCUUGCAUUGAGUGCUAACCUGUAGUAUCAGUUUUCUUGUUGUAUGUUUAAUUAUCUAAAUGUUUAUUCAGAUGGCUACUUAUUGAUAUUCCUCUUGUUGGUGUAACCCAUUUAUUUGAGGACUGAAGCUAUAGGCAGAUCCCAAAUGAAUGGGGCAAACCUAGGCAUGACCAGAAAGAGUAAAGCUUUUAAAUGGUUAAGAUACAAUACUUCCAGUGUACAUCAGCAUUGCAUUAAGCACAGAAAAAUCUUAAGAGAAUGAAAACCUUUUUUAUCGCCCUAAUUUAAAUGAAUUGAAUUAAAUCAUUUCAGAAAAUGUGUGAAAAUAUAUGUGAAGAAUUUAGAUUCAAUAGGAAUUGCUGGUCUAAAAUUUAGAUUUUAAGUAACAUUGAGAUUUGUAUUUAUUUUAUUUAUUACGUAUGCAUAUCAUAGACUGUAGAACUACUUUGUUGUCAAGGAAGGAAAACUGGGAUCGGUGUUGGGCAAAUUGAAUUCUUUUCAAUUAAAGUUAGGUAGUUUUUUUUCCCUUGAAUUUAGAUUAUCUGGGGAGUUUGAUAUGGACGUUUACAUACCAAUAGUGGUUAAUAAACCAUGAUGUGUGAAGAACAGGAAUCCAACUAAAUUACUGCAGACAUGGUUUGAAAUAUAUUUAUGUUUUUAACAAAGACCUAAUUUCAGAUCAUCUCUGGCUAUAUAAUGGAAGUAUGGUAUUGAAAAUUGCGUGUUUAUCAGUUAUCAGUUUAAUUAGCAUGAACAACCAACUUGGGAAGAAGAAAUAAUCACAAUUUUGUCAGGGCAUUGAAGAGUUACUAUGAAUUCUGAAUUCAAACAAAGUAAGCAUUGUGCCACAUUGUGUAUCUUUUAAUGCACUGAUCAAACAUAUCCAAACUAAAAAUGGAGAAAGUUUAACAAUUUCUGAAACAUGUGGGUAUAAAAAUAUCGGUUGCUUUGAUUAUUAAUUUUGUCUCUAAAGAUAAAGUUAAGUUGUAGCUUCUUACAGGUUUUUAGUUUAUGCUUUUUGACUUUGGCAUUAGUGCUGAGAACUCAUUUCAAGGUUGUUUUGUAAUUUUGACCUUUAUGCACACGAGAGAGUCAUUUGAUCAUUUAGCGUAAAACUGACAUAAAAUUACAAUUAUUUAUUUUCACAAGUAUUCUGUAUGUAGAUUUUCUUGUUAAAUCAAGUUUCAUUUUAUUCAUGACAAAGCCAAUUUAAAUUAUUAGCUCUUAAGUAUUUUAAAAUACUAGACAUUUUAAACUGUUCCUGUCACUACUGUCUUUUUAAAAUAUACAUCUGUAAAAAUGUUCAUUUAAGCCCCUAUCUAGUUACACUCAAGGCAAUCUAUUUUAAAAGCAAACUGACUGACUUCAGACGUGGAUGAUGACUACAUAGGAUUAUUUCCCAAACGAUGAUAUUUUUAAUACUAAAAUAAAUUUGAAAAUGCUUAGUUAGCAGUUUCGGCAAAAACACAACAUUAUGAAAAGACAGCUGCAAGUUGCUUUGCUUGUUCUGUCAACAUGAAUCAUUAUGUUAAGUUUUUUUGCAUGCUUUGUAAUAACAAUCUAGGUUUAGUAGAAGAGUUUGUGCAGUUACCUUGGGUUUAAAAUUUAUGAAAUUAUGUCAAACUUGGGACUUUGAGAAUACUGACAGCUUACAACAUACACGUUGCUUUAGACAGUUCAGGAUGGGUAAUGAAAAGUAAAAGAAGUUAACUUCCAUAAUUAAGCUUUGAUCAUACAUUAAAUCAUUUUAAACAUUUAUCAGGCAUACAUUCAGACUUAACCGUAAUGACUUGCAUAAUGUGGUUUGCAUGUAAUAUUAACCUUGCAAUUGUUAGGUUGCAGUUACAGGUGCUUAUGUAGUUUUUAAACCUUUUGAAGUUUUACAGUGGUGUCGUUCACUUGCAUGAUACUUUCCAGAACAGUAUUCAUUUGGUUUUAAUGUAAAUUAAGCAAGUCUUUUGGAGUUUUUCUUGCUCCUGCAUUGCCCAGCACAGAAUACCUUUUGUAUCAGAGAUAAUGGGAACUGCAGAUGCUGGAGAAUCCAAGAUAAUAAAGUGUGAAGCUGGAUGAACAUAG